AUGCCUAAGAAGAGAGCAUCCAACGGAAGAAACAAAAAGGGUAGAGGACACGUCAAGCCAGUUAGAUGUGUCAACUGUUCCAGAUGUGUUCCUAAGGACAAGGCCAUCAAGAGAAUGUCCAUCAGAAACAUGGUUGAGGCCGCUGCUGUCAGAGAUCUUUCUGAGGCUUCCGUCUACGACGAGUACCCAAUCCCAAAGAUGUACAACAAGUUGCACUACUGUGUCUCCUGCGCCAUUCACGCAAGAAUUGUUAGAGUCAGAUCGAGAGAGGGAAGAAAGGUCAGAAGACCACCUGUCAGAAGAAGAUACAACGCAGAAAAGAGAGUUAACCCUGCUGCUGCUGCCACCAGAGCAAACUAA